AUGGAGUCAAAAGUUUCGAUUUCUUCCGUAGAGACUGCUUCAACUAUUGAAACAUUUCACGUGAGAAGUGAAAAACUAGAGAAACAAGCGAGUAGUGUUGCAUUGGCUCUUGCUCGAAUGGAAGAUCAGCUAAAGAGCUUUGAAGUGAUGCAAUCGAAGUUGGAUUUUUUGGAGAAAGAAGUUAAGCUAUUAGGAACGGAUCCAAUGAGACAAAUACCAAAGGAUUUUAACCCAUACCAGCUGAAAGACGAAGAUAUACCUUUAGAGGACCUUUGGCUCAUUGAAAUGCCAUAA